AUAUCUGUAUAAAAAAGUUGUAACGUUCUUAUUUUUAUUUUAUUUAAAAAAGCACAUAAAAAUAUCAAUAAAUUUUUAAUUAAUUUUUUCUUGUCAGAUGAUACAAUUAUAUUAUCAAGGAAAAUAUCUAACUAUCAUUUGAUGCAUAGCAUUCAUAAAGUCGCAGAUCUAGAAGAGAGAAUUUAUGACAAUUUUGAACAUCGAAAUUUGUACAUGUUGGAUCUAGACUGCGAUUCGGCCAUCGAAAUUUUACGACAGGCGCAUUCAAAAGGACUGUUCGUCGCUCCAAUGAAGUGGCUGCUUCUUCAGGAUCGAAGAGUAGUGACCAGUAAUGUCACUGUAAAUUCCACGUAUGAUAACUCGGUCUUUGAAGAUCUAGCUGUCUAUCCUGACAGCGACGUAGUCCUCGCUCAAAGAUUUGAUGGUGAUUUUUUUCAUUUGAUGUCCGUAUAUCGACCGAGUCCACAACGAACUGUAAUAUGGGAAAAUCGCGGCAAUUGGACGGUCGAAAAUGGUUUACAAAUGAGUACUUUCGAUGUGGCUUCAGCACGAAGAAGAAAUCUUCAGCAGACGGUUCUUAAAUCCUGUAUUGUGAUGACAAAUCCUGACACGAUUAAUCAUUUAACUGAUUAUAAAUAUAAUACUAUAGAUCCUAUUACAAAAGCUAAUUAUCUCUGGCUACAUCAUUUAGUUAGUCGGAUGAAUGCAACGGUAAAUAUCUAUGUUGCAAACGAUUGGGGUGCGUACGACAAUAAUGGGUCCUGGAAUGGAAUGAUUGGAAUGCUACAGCGACGCGAGAUCGACAUUGGCGGCACCCAUGUGUGGUUACUAGCGCAUCGUAUCCAUAUAGUGGAACACAUUCAAUUGUAUACACGUACUGGUUUAUGUUUCGUGUUUCGACAACCCUUAUUAUCGACCAUAAAAAAUAUCUUCAUCCUGCCCUUUCAACGACACGUCUGGAUAGCAAUAGCCAUAUUUCUUAUUCUCGUUUUUUGCUUAUUAUAUAUAUCUGUGAAAUGGGAACAUCAUCGGGGUACUUCAGCUCACUGGAAGCAAUUAAAUGUUGACAAUCCAACUGUUACUGAUAAUUUUUUCAUCCUUUUAGGUGCAGUUACGCAACAAGGAUAUUCUUAUGAGCCGUACAGAGUCCCAUCUCGAAUCGUCACUCUUAUGUUAUUACUGGCCUCACUCAGCCUCUACGCGGCUUACACGGCAAAUAUUGUGGCUCUUUUGCAAUCUACUACGGACUCCAUUAAAACUCUUUCUAAUCUCCUGUAUAGUCCUUUAAGUCUCGGAGGACAAAAUAUACAGUACAACAAAUUUUAUAUGAAAGAAAAAUCUUUAAACGAUCCCAUCAGAAUAGCAAUCGUGGAAAAAAUUGAAUCGAAAGGACAUAAAACAAACUGGAUGAAUCUGGAAGAAGGAGUACGUCGCAUAAGAAACGAACCUUUCGCGUUUCAUGGCGCACGAAGCCCAAUAUACCAAAUUAUACAGAACACAUAUCAGGAAGAUGAGAAGUGUGGUCUACAGGAUAUAGAUUACAUGAACGUAGUAAAUCCGCUCCUUGGAAUACAAAAAAACUCGCCUUAUUUAGAAAUAAUAAAAAAUGGAGCUUUGAAAUUGACAGAAUAUGGACUAAAGCAUCGCGACGAGUAUCGUUUGUAUACAAGUAAGCCGAUGUGCUCGAGCCAGACUAGCUUCAUCACUAUCGGUUUCACGGAAUGCUACUUUGCGAUAGUCGCGAUGGGCUACGGAGCAUUACUUAGCAUAAUCAUGUUUGCACUAGAGUUAUUGUGGCACAAAAGACAAAAUGUGAACAUAUUAAAAGAGACAGUUCCAACUAUGAUAGAAGAAAGAGAAUUUGGGAAAUAAAAUACAUUGACUAGAUUUUAUUGCGAUAAUGUGUAUUUAUUCAGCAAAAUUUAAAAGAAUUAAAAUUAUGUAAAAUUUUGCUGGUACGACAAGCAAAUUA